GGAAACUGCUACCCAAAGAGACGCUGUAGCCACCACGGCCACUGUCCAAAGGAUCAGUACUGUGACAAGUAUCAACAAGUCUGUAGGAAGGGUGUCCGAAGGUGUUCGUACCAUAACCAGUGUGGAUAUAGACAAAUUUGCAAGGGUGGGAAGUGUAAGGAGCGAGAGUGUUUCGGGCACAGAGACUGCCCUGACAGUGAUGCCUGUCACUACCCCCCAGGGAUCUGUCUGGCGUACACAGCUUACUGUCAUGAGGGAUACAACUACUGCAAGAGAGGAUAUGUUUGUGUCAACAGUACGUAA